GGCGGCCUUCCCCCCGGGUCUGUAAGUUCCUAAGUUCGGAGGCCACCCGAGAGCUAGGGUGCGGGGUCUCUGGAAAUGGAGCCCCCGUGGAGACCCGGAUGGGCCGCAACCUGCCAUGGGAUGGGAGCCAAGGAGCUGGUCUAGGCCCCUGGACUAUUGAGCCAUUGGACUGGCCCAUGCUGCAUCCCACCCUCUUCCCCUUCCCGAAUCUGCAGUGGGGUGUCUCAGGAUGCCCCAGGGACCGCCUCCUUGGACCCUCUACAUAGGGCCCUGUAGCUGGCCAGGAAGCCAGACUCUGGCAUUUUGUAAAAAGUGUAGCAGUUGAGGCCGGCAGAAAACUGAACGGCGGGAGCUAGCCAACGCAAGGCCUUGAGUGCCAACCGCGAGACUACUGUCUGCCAAAAUGUCUGAAAGAUCAGAUCUCCUUCACUUCAAGUUUGAAAAUUAUGGAGAUUCAAUGUUACAAAAAAUGAACAAAUUAAGAGAAGAGAAUAAAUUUUGUGAUGUUACAGUUCUCAUAGAUGAUGUUGAGGUGCAGGGACAUAAAAUUGUUUUUGCUGCAGGUUCCCCCUUCUUAAGAGACCAGUUUUUACUGAAUGAUUCCCGAGAGGUGAAAAUCUCCAUAUUACAAAGUUCUGAAGUGGGGAGACAAUUGCUCUUGUCCUGUUAUAGUGGUGUGCUGGAAUUCCCUGAGAUGGAACUGGUAAAUUACUUGACUGCUGCAAGUUUUCUUCAGAUGAGCCACAUUGUAGAACGGUGCACACAGGCGCUGUGGAAGUUUAUAAAGCCAAAACAACCAAUGGAUAGUAAAGAGGGAUCUGAACCACAGAGUGCUUCUCCCCAGUCGAAAGAACAGCAGGGAGAUGCCAGAGGCUCUCCAAAACAGGACUUACCUUGUAUUCAUCCAUCUGAAGACAGUAUGGAUAUGGAGGACAGUGAUAUACAGAUUGUUAAGGUAGAAUCUAUUGGGGAUGUAUCAGAGGAUAGAAGUAAAAAAGAUCAGAACCAGUACAUUUCUUCUGAACCCACUGCUUUACAUUCAUCAGAGCCCCAGCACUCCCUGAUAAACUCAACUGUGGAAAACAGAGUUAAUGAACUAGACCAGAGCCAUCUCCACAAUUAUGCCCUCUCUUACACUGGCAAUGAUGACAUCAUCAUGACCUCAAAAGAUGUCUUUGGGCCUAAUAUUCGAGGUGUAGACAAAGGCUUACAGUGGCAUCACCAAUGCCCAAAGUGUACCAGGGUAUUCCGUCACCUGGAGAACUACGCCAACCAUUUAAAAAUGCACAAACUCUUUAUGUGUCUACUCUGCGGCAAGACUUUCACUCAGAAAGGCAAUCUUCAUCGACACAUGCGUGUACAUGCCGGAAUUAAACCUUUCCAGUGUAAAAUCUGUGGGAAAACCUUUUCUCAGAAGUGUUCCUUACAGGACCAUCUUAACCUUCACAGUGGAGAUAAGCCCCAUAAAUGUAACUAUUGUGACAUGGUUUUUGCACAUAAGCCAGUUUUGAGGAAACACCUUAAACAGCUGCAUGGCAAAAACAGCUUUGAUAAUGCCAAUGAGAGGAGUGUACAAGACCUCACAGUGGAUUUUGACUCUUUUGCAUGUACAACAGUCACAGACUCUAAUUGUCAGCCACAACCUGAUGCAACACAGGUCCUGGAUGCAGGUAAACUGACCCAAGCUGUCCUCAGCUUAAGGAGUGACAGUACAUGUGUAAAUUGAACAGGGCAUAGUGCUCACAGUGAGAGCUGACAGAGUAUGGCAAUGGUCACUGAGUCUUUUUAGAAAUCACUUGGUAGUUUCUUCUACAAAGCCUCCAAGCAGGUGGUAGUGAGUGAAUUGGAGCACUAGCAGACUAGGUGACUCCCACUUGUGGUGGCUUUGCUUUCCUUUAGCCCUCUCCUGGUUCUUUUUUGAGUUAUUUAACCUGUGAUGUCUGUUUUCCUUUUCUAAGGAAUAAUUCCAUUUGUCUACCUAGUGUUCAUAUAUGUCUUAGACUGACGCUAUUUUAAAUUUUUACCAAGCACAUUCUAAAGGUACCAACAAAUAACAUUAUUUACUUCCUACUAAUAAACUGUGUUUAGGAAAGUUAAUACUUUUCCUUGGGGGAAAAUGAGGCUGGGAUAGGAGGUGAUACUGCUGUUGACCUAAAUAUGUGAUAGAGUUUCUGUUUGUCUACUGUGAUUCAUCCAAGGCUGAUGAGUGAAUCUGCUUCCUGCCAUUUGUACUUUUUUGGAGCUGCUGUGGAGGAGUGUGUGGGUUUGUACUUUAAACA